UUCGUACCUCUCGAUGGUAUUUAAAGACUCUGCUCAGUCAAUGCAAGUCAGUGUUGAGUCUGAAAUCACCGAAGCAACACAUUUAUCGCUAACAAAAGGGCAACUAGAAUUCAGUUGUUGUCAACCAGUUAAGAAUCACGAAAAACAGCACCGGAUAACAAUGAGAGGAUUGACAUGUAUAAUGGUAUUGGUGGCCACAGCAUGUGCUGCACCCAAAUACAGAAAACACCAGGAAGCCAUCACAACAGAACAGUGGGUUUCUUUGAAUCCAUAUGGCUCUCCAGACUCAUACCACAAUGAAGAGCACUCGAUUAUCAAAGAUUUGGAGAAUCAAUGGGCGCGUUUCUACGAAUAUCUUCCCUGGCUGAGAGGGCCCACAGGAGCUACAGGACCCGCUGGAAUUGCGGGACCACCAGGACCACCAGGAACCGCUGCAGUUUAUGAUCCUUACUAUCAACCCAAACUCGUUCCUGGCCCUCCUGGAGAACGUGGCGCACCAGGACCAGCUGGAGUAAAGGGAGAUACUGGCGCCCCUGGAUCAACUGGCGCUCCCGGACCUCAAGGAAAUCACGGAGAUGAUGGAGCACCUGGAGCACAAGGAAUGACUGGUGCAAGAGGCAAUGAUGGAGCUACUGGUGCUCCUGGUGCUCCUGGUUACUCUGGCGAAAAGGGAGAACCCGGAGCUCCUGGAGCUCCAGGCGUGAAUGGAGCACCUGGUGCUCGAGGCAAAGACGGUUACAAUGGAGCCCCUGGACCUUCUGGACCUAAAGGAGAAACUGGUGCCCCUGGUGUAACUGUUCAAUCUAAUGUUCCCGGCCCAGUUGGUGCCCCUGGUUACCCUGGUAAAGACGGAGCUCCUGGCGCUCCUGGAGGACCCGGGCCCAUUGGCCCAGUUGGAACAACUGGACCCCAAGGCCCCGCUGGUAAAGAUGGUUCUCCUGGUUACCCUGGCAGCCCUGGUCCCAAGGGAGAGGCUGGAACUCGAGGUUACAACGGUGCUCCAGGCAAAGACGGACUUAACGGCGCUCCUGGAUCUAUCGGCCCUGUUGGACCUCAAGGCCCUGUUGGAAAUCCAGGCUACGAUGGAGCUCCUGGUAAAGACGGUUCCAAUGGCUUGACUGGCGCUCCUGGAAAAGAUGGAUACAACGGUGCUCCUGGUGCUCCAGGACCUCAAGGCGAACAAGGCAAAACUGGUAAGGAUGGUAAUCCUGGGGGAUCUGGUGCCCCUGGUGGCCCCGGAGCUCCCGGCUCCCAAGGUCUUCAAGGAAAAGAGGGCCCCUCUGGAUACCCUGGCAGCCCUGGCUCCGUUGGACCUGUUGGACCAGUUGGACCGAUCGGACCGAUCGGACCUCAAGGUAAACCUGGAACUCCUGGAUACCCCGGCGGUCCUGGUCCCGUCGGCCCCGUCGGUCCGGUCGGCCCUGCUGGCUACCAAGGCAAAACUGGGCAAACUGGACCCCCUGGACCAGUUGGACCAAUUGGACCGAUCGGUGCUCCAGGACAUGUCACCUACGCCGCUCCUGGGCGCUAUCAUUAAGUCCAGCCUGUAUGAUGCACUGGCUGCCGAAAUGGAGUGAAGUGCCACCAACCAGAACCAUUAAUAAGGCAUUGUGAGUUGGUAUUUUGCUAAAUUCGGGCAGCUUACCGUUUUUUUUAGAUCCAAACAAAACUCUUUGAAAAAAUGUCCGUAUAUAUAUCUAUUUUUACUGGAAAUAUUACAAUUGUAAUUUAAAUAAAGAAAGUUAAAAAUCGUUGGUACAAUCUGGUCUUUAAUUAUUUGAGAUUCCGCAAUCAAUAACAACAAUAAGCAUAUUUCCACAG